CUACGUGGUCAAAUUUGUUGUGUGUGUUGGUGUUUGAGUGUAGGGGUUUUAACUCUGUAAAUUCCCGGUUAUCUUUGAAAAUGGGAAUUAAGUUUCUUGAAGUGAUUAAACCAUUUUGUGGAAUUCUCCCAGAAGUUGCUAAACCUGAAAGAAAGAUUCAGUUUAGAGAGAAAGUGCUAUGGACUGCUAUUACGUUAUUCAUAUUCUUAGUUUGCUGUCAGAUUCCACUAUUUGGAAUCAUGUCCUCCGAUUCAGCAGACCCCUUUUACUGGAUCCGAGUAAUCCUGGCUUCUAAUCGAGGAACCCUGAUGGAAUUGGGAAUAUCCCCCAUUGUGACCUCCAGUUUAAUCAUGCAGCUUCUCUCCGGAGCGAAGAUCAUUGAAGUGGGUGACACCCCCAAGGAUCGAGCUCUGUUCAACGGAGCACAAAAGUUAUUCGGUAUGGUGAUAACAAUUGGACAAGCCAUUGUGUACGUGAUGACAGGCAUGUACGGAGACCCUGCAGACAUUGGAGCUGGAAUUUGUCUCUUAAUCAUCAUUCAGCUCGUUGUUGCUUUCCUGAUUGUUCUAUUACUUGACGAGUUGUUACAGAAAGGUUAUGGCCUCGGCUCUGGUAUUUCUCUCUUUAUUGCCACCAACAUCUGUGAAACCAUAGUUUGGAAGGCUUUUAGUCCUGCAACGGUCAACACUGGACGAGGUACUGAGUUUGAGGGAGCCAUUAUUGCUUUAUUCCAUCUACUGGCUACUCGUCAAGACAAAGUUCGGGGCUUGAGAGAAGCUUUCUACCGUCAGAACCUGCCAAACUUGAUGAAUUUGAUGGCAACAAUUCUGGUGUUUGGAAUUGUCAUCUACUUCCAGGGUUUCAGAGUGGAUCUGCCCAUCAAGUCUGCCCGCUACCGAGGACAAUACAGCUCCUAUCCAAUCAAGCUUUUCUACACAUCCAACAUUCCCAUCAUCCUCCAGUCAGCACUGGUAUCAAACUUGUAUGUCAUAUCUCAGAUGCUGGCGGUAAAGUUUAGUGGGAACUUCUUUGUUAACCUACUUGGUGUGUGGGGUGAUGUGGGUGGAGGUGGACCUGCUAGAGCGUACCCAGUGGGUGGUUUGUGUUACUAUCUGUCACCACCUGAGAGCUUGGGCCACAUACUAGAAGACCCCAUCCAUGCAUUUUUGUACAUCGUAUUCAUGCUUGGAUCGUGCGCUUUCUUCUCUAAGACUUGGAUCGAAGUGUCUGGAUCCAGUGCAAAAGAUGUUGCCAAACAGCUAAAAGAACAGCAAAUGGUCAUGAGAGGACAUCGAGAAAAGUCGAUGAUUCACGAGUUGAACCGGUACAUCCCUACAGCAGCUGCAUUUGGUGGUCUUUGUAUAGGUGCUCUCUCAGUGUUAGCAGAUUUUCUAGGUGCAAUUGGUAGUGGCACUGGAAUUUUGUUGGCCGUAACCAUCAUCUACCAGUAUUUUGAGAUCUUUGUGAAAGAACAGAGUGAAAUGGGUGGUAUGAGUACGUUGCUGUUCUAAGCCCAACAGCCUGGUUAAAAAAAAAAAAUUAAAUGUCCAUUUCAGUUUUGUAUCCAAACUUUGUGUGUUUCUACAGUUUUAAUGAAGGUUCUGUGCCAUCAAGACCAAAAUCUAACAAAGUAUACCAGUGUACAUUUUUCAUAACUCCUUUACCAGCUUGGUCUCGGAUCCUCUCGUCACAUGCUAAGGAUGUCUAUUUUAAUAAUUUUGUUCUUAUUACUUUGAGAAACUAAAACAAACCUAAUAAAAGUGAAUAUUUGUAAAGUCAAUUUGACAAUGAUCAAUGCCAUUCAUCCCCUGGUUGUAGUAUAUAGCAAAACUGAGUUAUUGGACUGUUUGGAAAACAGACUGAUUUAAUGGGAGAUGGAUGAAAGAGAAAUAAAGUUACUACUUUUCUCAA